AUGGCACAUCGGUUAUACAGCAUACCGAUGGAGAAAGAGGAUUUCGAAGCAGAAAGGAAGAAAAUCCAUGAAGCGGCCGAUUUAAAUGGUUACGAUGAAGAGUUCGUGAACAAAAUUCUCCGGAAACAUGAAAGGAAAAAACAUCGACGAAACGCUACAACAUUAGAACCAGAGAAGGAGGAGAUUAAAAGAAUAAGUUUACCGUUCUUUCCAAAACUGACCAACACAAUUCAAAACGAUCUGAAGCAACAUGGAUUUCGGACAGCGUAUAAGAGUAAUCAUACGCUGAAGGACCUCUUAUGUUCUUUGGAAGAUAAAAUUCCGAGGGACGAAAUGUCAGGCAUCUACGAGAUCCCAUGUAAAUGUUGCCCUGCAAUAUACAUUGGCCAAACCCGCAGGAAAUUUAAAGUCCGAUUAAAAGAACAUAAAAACGCUGUUGACAACGAUAGACCCAACGAAUCCAGCGUGGCCGUCCAUUCUAAGGAGAACAACCAUGUGAUAGACUGGGAUAACGCAAAACUGAAAAAAUGUGUCAGAAAACCUUCACAUUUGAACGCUUGGGAAUCUAUGUUCAUCGAGACUGCUGAAAAGCCACUGAUGAACGAAGAUGAUGCCCCAAUAACUUCUGCCUUAUUCCAAUUGACGAAACAGAAGAUAAUUUAA